ACGGCUGCCCCCGAAGCCGGAAUUCCUCGGUUGCUAGUUCUCUGCGGCAAAUUAGCCCAACCUGUUAUCCCACAAGGCUCAGCGGGGCUGCACGAGGCUGUGGUUAAGCGAGAGAAGCGUUGGUCAACUGCCACUCGAAUCACGGAGACAGGAAAUUCAUUGCUAUCUUAAGGUCCCUGCCAUGCCUCACAUCGACAACGACGUCAAGCUGGAUUUCAAGGAUGUCCUGUUGAGGCCCAAACGCAGUACCCUUAAGUCUCGAAGUGAGGUGGAUCUCACAAGAUCCUUUGCCUUUCGGAACUCAAAGCAGAUGUACACUGGGAUCCCCAUUAUUGCUGCCAAUAUGGAUACUGUGGGCACCUUUGAGAUGGCCAAGGUCCUCUGUAAGUUCUCCCUCUUCACCGCUGUCCAUAAACACUACAGCCUCGAGCAGUGGAAAGAGUUUGCCAGCCAGAAUCCUGACUGUCUUGAGCAUCUGGCUGCCAGCUCAGGCACAGGCUCUUCGGACUUUGAGCAGCUGGAACAGAUCCUGAACGCUAUUCCCCAGGUGAAGUAUGUAUGCCUGGACGUGGCCAAUGGCUACUCUGAACACUUUGUGGAAUUUGUGAAGGAUGUGCGGAAGCGCUUCCCUGAACACACCAUCAUGGCAGGGAAUGUGGUAACAGGAGAAAUGGUGGAAGAGCUGAUCCUUUCUGGGGCUGACAUCAUCAAAGUGGGAAUUGGACCAGGCUCCGUGUGUACCACCCGGAAGAAAACCGGAGUGGGGUAUCCACAGCUAAGUGCAGUGAUGGAGUGUGCAGAUGCUGCUCACGGCCUCAAAGGCCACAUCAUUUCAGAUGGAGGCUGCAGCUGUCCUGGGGAUGUGGCCAAGGCUUUCGGGGCAGGGGCUGACUUCGUGAUGCUGGGCGGCAUGCUGGCUGGGCACAGUGAGUCAGGUGGUGAGCUCAUCGAGAGGAAUGGCAGGAAGUACAAGCUCUUCUACGGCAUGAGUUCCGAAAUGGCCAUGAAGAAGUAUGCCGGGGGUGUGGCUGAGUACAGGGCCUCAGAAGGAAAGACAGUGGAGGUGCCCUUUAAAGGGGAUGUGGAACAUACCAUCCGAGACAUUCUUGGAGGCAUCCGCUCCACCUGCACUUACGUGGGAGCAGCUAAGCUGAAGGAGCUGAGCCGGAGAACUACCUUCAUCCGUGUCACCCAGCAGGUGAAUCCAAUCUUCAGUGACGAGAGCUAGACCUGAGCAGUUCUGCCCUCCCAGGGCUCUAGCAUCCACCACAGGGCUCCCAAGUGGGCCCCUCUCUCAUCCCAGCUACUCAGGCUAUUACUUGGUCAUUUCCUAUCCUCUCCUGACGGUUCCUGCAGUAAUUCUGUACUUCUCUAUCUGCACAUGCAAAAUGCCGAAGGCACUUAGUGGGGAGGAAGCAAGGCAGGCAGGCUGAGAAAAGGAAGUUGAGAGAAUCAAGUAGGAAUCUGGGGACCCAGCAUUCUGAAGAGGACUGAAAAGAAGAGAGGCUGAUUCAUACAUAAAUGUUUUAUGUGGCCUUUGUUCUGGUAGAGGUAGGCUUUUAGAAUCAUGUUUUGUUAAUCAAAUUCAUUAAAUAGACCUUUGAAUAUCUACAAAGCGUGGAAGUAUUUACAUACUUUAAAUACCUCAAUAAAGAGAGAUCCCAAUGAC